CAUGGCGGCGACCAGCAGUGGGGUAGAGUGGAGCCAACUUGUUAAGCCUAUAUUAGCUGCAUCUUAUGGCUCUCUUAACAAACAAGACCUUCCAGAACUAGUUAAAGCUAUUGUUAAAAGCAAAGAAGACAUCCUCCAUCAUGAAGAACAGUAUGAGCCAUUUUAUGCCUCAUUCUGUGUCCUGGCUGCUGACUACCUGGCCAGCAAUGCACACCAGGUGAGUGUGGGAAGUGUGAGCCAGGCUGUUAAUGCUGCAAAAGUGCUGCUGCAGUUCCUGGCCAGUCAUGUGGGAACACCGCCUACUGCCAUAACCACCCCAGCCCCACACUCCUCUCCAACGUCGACCACCGCGUCCACCACCACCACCACCCCGAGUGUGACUAUCCCAGUAGCUGUCACCUCACCUGCAGCUCCUACCACAACUACCACAGAUGACACACAACCCACACCUACCACAGCAUCGAGUACAGUGACAAGUGCAAGUUCUGUUACUACAACAACAACAACAGCUGCUACUGUUACCUCUAUGACUGAAAGCAGCGGAGAGAAGGAGCGGAUGGUGUGUGUUCACGACAAGCACCUGCUGGCUGGCAUCAAAGCUCUGUGUCGUGGGUCCGGGGCUCUACACCGCGCCGACCAGGCAUCGCUCACUGCGGCCAUGAAGGCUGCUAAACUUCCCCCACACAUCAAGACUGUUGCUCCAGGUACACCUCCUCCACAAGGGGAAAAAGAAACGUCGUCGAAAGAGAUUCGACGAGGGCGCAGUGAUCCCAGUGCCGUGAUCCUGGAGCAGUUGGUGUCACCGCUACAUGACAUAGGAGGUUCACGGCCCCGACCCCCUCACUCCUCCACACCCCCGGCAGCGGCAGACAAAGACACAGAUGGACCACUUACUAGUGUGUCUGACUCGGCCUUGGAUAUGAGAAACCUGUUUGCUGGACGAUGUGUAUCAGCCUUACAGAGUCUGGGUGGUGGAGAACAGCUGAUAGAUGUCUGCCUCAGGCUUCCCACCAUUGUCAAGUACACCCAACGGUACAAAGAUCUUCUAGAGGGGAAAGGGCACGGCUUCCCCACAACUAUAUCAGAAGCUCUGGUAGUGAAAGCAGGACUGAACACUGUGGUGAUCGAGUUGAAUACAGUGUGGCGAGUUAUGUCUCUUCCUCUCCUGGAGCCGCUCAACUCCAUCCGCCUUCAGAAGCUCUCCACAAUUGCCAUGGCCGCCCUGCUUGCUGCUCUUACUGUAGCCUGUUCUACUGCUAUUAUUGCUGUUGCCUCACAGGGCACGUCAUCCUCAAAGACACCACCUCCCCCACGAGAGGAUGACCUGGACACUGCUGCCCCGGCCAUCGCUGAGAAGGCCUUGGACCUCUUCAAUGUUAUCCUGAACGCUGUGCGAUCAUCAACAAGAGCCGGUGGACAUCAUGUGCAGAACCUGCAGUUGAUGGGUUCUUGGCUGGUGAUGACAGGACUCCACCAGCUGAUGCUUGUUGUCUCCUCUGCUGCUGCGAUGCAAGACAAGAAGGAUGAUAAAGGGAGGAGCCCUAGCAAGAAAGAUUCUGCAUCAGCGAGGAUAAACCUAACUAAAGUGCAACAAGGUUUUGGUGUAGUGUGUGUGGCACUGGCCUCGCAGGGUGUGACUCUGAUGACAGGUUUGUUAGAGGACGUUAAAGUUGAAGGCUGGACGCCGCCCCGACCCCCAGAACCUGCCCGUCUAGAUCCCCUGGAGUCGUACACAGCUACCGAGCGAUUGUCUCGGCUCUUCUCGGCUGUUCCACUCAAUCAGUUGCUGUUUUACCUGGCCACUGUCUCGUACAGAAAGGCUUGCAGUCUGAAGAGAACCCACCGUGCUAUGGGUGAGGGCGACACCUUCAGUAUAUCAGACUCCACUACUUACUAUGAAGAUGACUUCUCUGAAGGUAGUCUGGGCGAGGAAGGCUGUGGUGAUAACCCAGUGCUUGGCCCCGCAACAGACGACGACUCGGUCAUCAUCGGCGCCUGGUUCGAGGAGCCCAGCACCCCGGGCGAAGGAGGCGACGACCCUGCUUCGGGAGGAGUUCAGGGCAACAGCGACUCCUCCUCCUCCCCGGAUGACUCUCAGGCCAAGACCCCACACCGCCACAACUCUGAGGUCACCACCAUUGUGCCAGAGAAGGGAGAACCGCAUGGAUUCAUAUCGUUGGCAUCGCACAUAUUCCUGCUGAUGAACAGUUACCUGAUCGAGAGCGAGUGUGCUUACGUCCAGCAGUACGUGCGCGCGGGACUGGCCGAGACGCACAUGGUCGUGUUGGCUGCAAUAAUACGUGACCUUGACAGGGAGACUGCCAGGUCUGACUCGGGAAGUCUCACCGGGUACCUGGGACCAGUCCUGGGAUCGCUGUACGACGAGUUCUCUUAUGCCCUCUACCGUUACACCCACAAUGUGAUAGCUUCUGGGCUGUUGAGUGAGACCCUGCAGAACACACUCCUUGGCCAACUUGGUGUAUCUCCCUGGACUCCUGAUGGGGACUGGCCGCUACAGGUGCUACCAAGAACUCUCACGGUUCUGGCCCAGAUUCUACUGUUGCGUCAGCGUCGAGACAAGGAUGAACUCAAGUGUGACUCAGACACUGCCUGUGUGCUCAUAUGGCAUCGCGUCAUUACCACACUCACCAAGUCCAUCACCAACCCGCCUGCUCCGGAGGCAGAAAUAGAAGAUUUGAACGUCGAACACGCUCAGUUGUUGUUGUUCCUCUUCCACUCGCUCCAACUUAUGCAGAAGAAGAGCGUGUUGCUGAAUGUGGCCUCGGCUGUGGUGAACGUGUCCUCGGUGAUCAACACCCCCAUGAGAGACACACAGGUCCUUCACCUGGCUCGCCUCCUCCUAAUAUUUGACUACUUGAUGAAGAACCUGUAUGAAGCCCCACAGGUCUUGAUAGAACAGGUUCAGUGGAAUCUCUUCAAGCCCAUAUCAUCUCAGUGUGACAGUCAGUCCUCGGGGAAGGACUCGGGCACUGGUUCAGGAGGCAAGAUGUACCACGUGUGGCGCGACCUGGAGGAGAACUACCGCAAGAAUUAUUCCCAAGAAGACUACACCAUAAGACCCAGGUUCUACACCCUCACACCCGCUGAGACCAACACCCAGGACACCCCUAAGCUGGACGGUCUGGCAUGUAGCUUCAUCCUGGCCACACCGGACACACUCAAGUACAGCACCCUGUAUGAUACACUCGUCAGCCUGCUGGGAAUAGGCUGCCAGAAUGACCCAAGUUUGCGUCACACUAAUGAUCCCCAACUGACUUACCUGGGUCUGUGUGGUGUCCAGUACGCCUUCUCCCUGGCCUACCGACUCCUUCUCACCAUGCCACCUUCUGUAUCAGCUUUAGAGGCCAUGGCAGGUACUGAGGCCAAGCUGGAGGGCUCCCACCUUCUCCAUGCACUGCUGUGGGGUCCUCGUGCUUCACACAAAAUAUUCAAUGGGUGGAUUAAGGAUGGAUUAGUACGCCAGAGUUUGACCACACAGAAGGCAGACGCACUGUUGAAGUCUGUUGCCAAGACAAUGUGCAAUCUGAAGCAUGACCUUAAGGUUGCCAAUCUCCUCAUCACUUCUCUAUUAAGUAAAGGUUAUAGUGCCAUGGUGGGUAUGCCACUGAUGAAUGGUGAGCAGCUGCCAGCCUUCUCUGACCUCUACAUGUUGGAUACAGUAUUGGCCCGCCUCCAGGUGACCCUCGAUGAGGCCUGUCAGAAGGGAGAGAUUGAUCUUCGCUCUUGUGAUGGAGCGGAUCUUCUUAGAGCUCUCGAUAUAUCUGCUGACCAACUUCCUAUUUCUGGCCUUCUGACUUUGAUACAAGCUCUAGCUUGUGCCACAAGAUGGAGCCUUCUGCAGCAGAUGAACAGUGUAUUAGAAGAAGGUAGCAGACUGCCUCCUGAGGCCCUGGAUGCCUAUUGCUCGGUGUUAGCAGUGUCUGGCGGACACGCACCCCGCGCUGGUCCACAUCCUCCGUGUCUUACUCGUGCAGCCUUGCCCGCCCCACUUAAAACAGCACUCGACAACUGGAAUGCUAAUACCAUGACAGACUUCCCAGCAGUACAUGCAUGGAGAAACAGUAUGAGUGGAGAUGUCCUGCCUGGAGAGACUUAUGUGUCAGGUGUUGUGAUGGGUCAUGUAGCAACACUGUCAGCCCAGCCAGCCUUUACCAUCAACCUUGCCCUGAAGCACGUCAUGCACACACUGGUUACAUUUGCUACAGAUCUGGCUGGCUGGUGCAGCGACGAUGAAAAAACUGGAGGGCAGCUGACCAGCACCCUCGUGAGCCUGGCCGUGGAUGCUACGUGUGACCACGUCUCGGAAUCUGUGUCGACUGCGCUGGACCGCCUCCUGCCCGCUCAGGAAGGUGGGGACAGUUCAACAUCACCUGACCCGUUCCAACUUACUCUUUAUUCACAUUUACUCACACAUGUGGAGAGUCUUCUUCAGUCAGCUGCAGCUUGUGAUGGAGUUGUGGAUGAACAGAUCUUGGAAGGAUGUACCACCUUCCUAGAGGAGCUGUUGGAGGUGCCUACUGGCAAGUUGGCUCUGGAUAAGUUCCUCGCCGAGUCUCACUUUGCCUCGGUUCUUCUCAGUCCUCCCAUCAGUGGGGACGUCAAGUCUUCAAAUCUCCCGACUCAUAUUAUCAAGUUCUUCAUUCGCUUGUUCCAGCUUGCCGAGAAAAACCCAGCAGACCACACAUUAGCGUCGGUGUGCAGCAGGAUCUCGGUCGGGUCGUGGCUCGAGUCUGGUAUACUGCAGGGAUGGCUGUCCACUCACCUCUUGACCUCUACACCAACAACAGACUCUGAGGCAACACCAAACAGCUGGCAGUUGUUGAGGACUCUGACAGCAUAUAUCAUAACUCAGGACACCCAGAAUGCUGAGGAGGUCGCCCACGGUCUGCUACGAUCCUUAGUCCCACUAGGAUCAUCUCUGGUGAGCGGCGGCAGUGAAGGUUUGACCAGUAUGACGCACCUGCUCUCUGUCAUGUCCUCCCUGGCUAGUGCCGGGUCAGGGACAGGUCACGUCACACUCUUCAGGGCCGCUACUCAGUGGGUGACACAGUGUAAACAACACCUCGUGGGAGAGAGGGACAAGGGACUGUUGGAGGCCAUGUGUCAUCUCCUCUCCUAUGUGAGUGACGUUGUAGCGGCUCUCAAGGUCAACAGUGAACGCUGGGCUGUUGCCUAUCGGAGUGGAAUGACGUCUCCUCCGUACGAACUGGACUUGACCGUCGAUACCGACUCUGACUGGGUUGACGACCUAACACAAGAGGAUGACGACAGUGCAGGGGAAGACUCUGAUGAAGACAGCAUGUGCAACAAGCUGUGUACUUUUACAUUAACCCAGAAGGAAUUCAUGCACCAGCACUGGUACCACUGUCACACCUGCCGCAUGGUUGACGGUGUUGGCGUGUGUACAGUGUGUGCCCGGGUGUGUCAUCGCGGUCAUGAUGUAACUUAUGCCAAAUAUGGAGCUUUCUUUUGUGACUGUGGAGCUAAAGAAGAUGGUUCAUGCCAAGCUCUUGUUAAACGAAGUCCUGCAUCAUACGAGGAUGGUGUUGGGUCCUCCAGUGGUCCGGCAGCCUUUGGUGUGGAGCCUCUUCUGCCGUCAUCUCUGAGGCGACGACCAUCUUCACCAUCGCAGGGAACUCAGUCGGACAAGCACCGGGACGAUACACACAAGCAGAGGCAGGCGCUUGCUAAGAAACUGGAAAAUGUCCGAGAUCUGUUGGUGGGUGAGGUGAGCAGUAGUGAGGUUGCUGCCACGGUGCUGGACCUGUUGUCGGACUUGAUGCCCACCAUCCAGGCCAGUGCAGCCGAGUCCAGUUCUGUCGGCUCCUACCAGCGUGCUCUGGCCGCCCUCCACCAAGUACACACCAACUCCAAGACUGUGGAGCCAUCAGAACAACUUAUGGUGGCUACUUUAGGAUCUCAGGAAGGAGCCUUUGAAAAUGUGAGACUGAAUUACUCUGGAGAACAAGGUCAGACAAUCCGACAGUUGGUGUCUGCUCACAUGAUCCGCCGGGUGGCCAUGUGUUGCCUGGCUUCACCGGGAGGCAAGAGACAACAUCUUGCGGUGUCUCACGAGAAAGGCAAGAUCACGGUCCUGCAGCUCUCCUCCCUCCUGAAGCAACACGAUUCUGCCAAGAGGAAACUCACCCUGACACGGUUGUCAUCUGCUCCGGUACCAUUUACUGUUCUCUCCAUCACUGCCAACCCAGCCAAUGAUGACUAUCUUGCUGUCUGUGGACUGAAGGACUGCCACGUUCUGACCUUUGCAAGUGCGGGGAGUGUAUCGGACCACCUGGUACUGCACCCCCAGCUAGAGUCUGGAAACUACAUCAUCAGAGCCGUGUGGUUGCCCGGCCAGCAGACCCAGCUGGCACUCGUCACUGCCGAGUUUGUCAAAAUAUAUGAUCUUAGUGCUGACUCGCUCUCUCCUCAGUACUUCUUCCUCCUUCCUUCUGGCAAGAUCAAGGAUGCUUGCUUUGUGUGUGCUCAGGACGAUGGUUGUUUCCUGGUGGCCAUGGCAUCGUCAGGUUACAUCUACACCCAGGUGCUGAGCGAGGAGAGUUCUGCCCAACACGGUCCAUUCUACGUCACAAAUGUACUACAGGUUCAGCAUCAAGACCUCAAGGACUGUAAUGGUCAGAUAGGUGGUGGCGGUGUGUCUGUGUACUACUCCCACACACUACAGGUGCUCUGCUUCAGCUACACCCACGGGAAGAGCUUCAUCGCCCCUCUUGUCUCCAUAAAUGAGAAUGAAAAGGUGGAGAAAUUGUUUGGUGUGAGUGUUAAAGGAGGUAAUGGUUCAGGAGGAGGUAGCAGUAGUAGUAGCAGCAGCAGCAGUAGUAGCAGCAGCAGUAGCAGCAGUAGCAGUGGUGGUAGUGGGAGCAAGAUGGCCCCCCAGCCGUUGUGUCAGUGGGGGGAAGUCACCGGCCAUCCUGGACUCAUCACUUGUCUUACCCAGUCUAGCAACAACCCCGUGAUCCUCAUGGUGAAGCCUGACCACAUCCUCGUUCAGGAGAUCCGCGUUCUGCCCGCCAAGAGCAAGAUGACGGACCUGGUGGCACUGCGGCACUCCUGGUCACCCAACCACGAGGCCAAGACCACUCUUAUCCUCCUGUGUGAAGACGGUUCUCUCCGGAUAUACAAUGCCAACCCACAGACUGCAGAUUUCUGGCUGUCACCACAAAUGCAAGUUGUCAGCGCUAUAUCAUCGCUUCGUCCCUCUAGGAAGAAGAAGGCCCCCAAACUUGGCCGACCGUCGGGCUCAGUCGUCUUCCCUGUGGACUUCUUCGAGCACUGUUCGGUGAUGAAUGACAUCGAGUAUGGAGGAAAUGAUCUCUUGCAGGUCUAUAACGUACAGCAGCUGAAGAAUAGACUCAACAGUCAGGGUAUGUACAUAGCAUCCACCAAGCCAGGAGGUUUUCAGCUGGAGGUGACCAACAACGACACUACCAUCGUUAUCUGCGCCCUUAGAGUAGCUGUGGGUGCCGUUGAUACCCAGAGAGUGCCGGCUUAUCUGGAGAUCUUUGGACGCAGUGUGUCGAUAGCUGCCACACGGAGUCGUUGGUUCGACAUUCCUCUGACGCGGGAGGAGUCUCUACAGGCAGAUAAACGCAUCGUCAUUACUUUUGGACCUUCAGCCGACCCAUCAAAUGUUGCCAUGGUCGACUUUGUCAAGAUUUAUGGGAAGACCAAGGAAGACUUUGGUUGGCCAGAGGAGCCCGAGGACUUCUCGGCAACGGUCACUGGUACAGGAGCCAGUGGGCCAGCCGGGAGUGGCAGCGAGUCGACAGCCACUGGGGGCACGUCCUCGACUCCCUUGCCUCUCACCGCCAUCGACCGCCUCGUCUCUGCCGCGCUAGAAACUCUCGAUGGUUGCUUCGUCGCCACGCCAGCAGAGAAGAUUGUAGCCCGGGCCGGAGCGCUGGACUUGGCUACCAGGCUUCUCAAUCUACCUCUACCGUCGACAGUGCAACACCACACCCGGACUCUGCUGGCAUCGCUCCACCAGAGUCGGGUGGCCUACCACAACCACAAGGACGGUGCCCAGCUGUUGAGCGUCCUGCAGGCCCUCGGUAACCUCCGCCUCGUGACAGAACCCCAGCAGCUGGACUGUGAGACUUACCACCGCCUUGUUGUCACUGCCAGAAAUGUGGCCGUGGCCAGACCUCACAACCUAGUCAAAUACACAGAGAAAGUAUCAUCAGACAUUACACUCAUUCCACCUGAAGAUGAUAGUAAGAAAAUAGAGGCUCCAUCAUCCUCACCGAGUCUUAAGACGGAGGGAGAUACUUCCCUCUCCAAGAAGAGCGACGGAGACUCCACGUUAAGCAAGGCCUCCGACACGACUUCCGACUCGGAGGCGACGCUCGAGGGCGGCGACAGCAACGGCAACGACAUCGGCAGCGACGACAAUCAUUUCUUGGCCCAGCUGAUGAGUGUCUUCUGGGGUCUGCACAGUGCAAAGCCAACCAACCUCUUCCUCACACCAAUGUGUCAACCUGGACUGACUCACGUUGAGGCCACAGUACAGGCGGUAGUGGAGAUCAUCCAUGCCUACACUGUCUGCUCACUCUCGGCCGUUCCUCUUGCCGUGCGUCUCUACACUGAAUUACUCCUGUGUACCGAUACGUCCGUCAGCUUCGGUGCAAAACAAGCUUUGAUCCGAGUCUUAAGGCCCCGCCACAAGAGACGCAAGGUCUUCAUUCCCAGUCCUCCUCGCUGCUCCACGCCGGGUGUUGGUGUGGAUGACACAGAAAAACCCACAGCAACCCCACAGGAGCCAUCGGGAGCCGCCCUGGUUGAACCGCCGUUUGAAGGAGCCGAGGCUGCCGAUCCAAUUGCCGAAGCGGGUGGUGGAGGCGAUGGUCUGGAGGCUCUAGGAGUGUUAGGAGGAGGAGGUGGUGGUGGCGGCCUGGGGUUGAGAGGAGCAUUGAUGGGAGGCAUGCUGGACCUUCCUGCUGAUGACGAUGAUGCCAUGAUGGAGCUAGCCAUUGCCCUCUCGCUACACGAAGAACAAGGCCAGGCCCCGGCCGAUCUAGGAAACCUGCACCCGGGCUUACAAGGUCUGGUCGGUGGGCUGCCCGGGCUGCACCGCCUCCAAGGACUAAGCGGUCAGGUGUUACACAGUCUGCAAGUAUUAGCUUCAGGAGGGAUGCAAGGAGGCAAUGCCCAAGCUAAUGCACAAGAGGUACAGCAGGACGGUGGAGACGAACCCGAGGGUGUAGACGUUGAGGGAGGCGACGGGCAGGAGAACGGCCACUACUCCGACACCACGGCCUCCGCUAACGGCUCCGACGAUGACGAUGGUGAUGGUUCAACGGCCGCCACUGAUGGUUCUAACUUGAGGGCCUCGCCUGCUGAACAUGCUGGAAGUGCUGGGAGUGAGUCUGGAGGCUCUGUGGUGGAGAGUUUGGGAGGUGAACACAACGUGUCGGGUCGCAGCUCAGCGUAUGGAGACACCGGACAUGAACCAGGAUCGGCAGGUCUUCGUGAAGGAGCAGCGGCUCUACCUGCCACGCUACAGGGAGAAUUAGUAGAAGAGGAACCUCCUGAGGGAGGUGUUGGCCUGCACACCCUUCGCUUGGCACUUCUUGACGCUCUCAUUCAUCGUGUUCCUUCACUUACAUCUGUCGGAGGGGUCACAACAAUACCGUUCUUCCAGGUCUUACUGAUGCUGACCUCUGACCUCGAUGGCAAUGACACCCGUGACAGGGCAAGCCUGGAUGCUGUCCUCACGGCUCUGGUGACCCAACUGAACAUGAGUAGCAUUGAUGUGACAACUGUGUCAGAGCGCACAGCCAGCAAGGAGGUCCAGCUGGUUGUGAUGAGACUGCUCAGUGUGAUGAUGUCCAGGAGCAAGUCAGGGGCUCGACCAAGUAGUGACAGCUCCAGUGUGAUUCCUCAGGCAACAGCAAGCUGCCUCGUGCGCUCGGGAGCUAUGGACCAUUGUCUGGCCAUCCUGAAGGCUUUGCUGGACUACUGGAGGGCAUCGUCUAAGGAGCAGAGCGGGACGGUGAUUGGUUCUGGGCUGCUGAAGCCUCGUCCCCUGACCUUACCGCCCGACAUGUCUCCAUUCUUCCUGCGACAGUAUGUGAAGGGUCACGCCCAUGAUGUGUUCGCAGCGUUCCCUCACUUACUGACUGAAAUGGUCCUGAGGUUACCAUACCAGAUGAAGAAACUUGGGGAAGGAGGUCAGUUUGAACCAGCGUGGUCGCACUACCUCUGUGAGUACAUGAUGACCCAACAGACUCCAGUUGUGCGGCGGCAAGUGAGGAAACUGCUGCUCUUUAUCUGCGGCCACAAGGACAAAUACCGCCAGAUGAGGGACAUGCACGCCCUCGACUACCACAUAAAGGAUGUGAAGGUGUUGUGUGCACAAGGAGGCUUUAGUUUCUCAGGUGGAGCCUCUAUGACUCCCAUAAGCCUUCCAUACGACUCCCUCAUCCAGCUGAUCGAACACCUCAAGUCGUGUGUGGACAUUGCCUCCUCCCGCACACCCAACUGGCAGAAAUACUGUAUGAAGGAUGAGAGUGUCCUGGGCUUCCUGAUGGAGGUGUCCUGCCUGCUGGAGGAAGGAGUCGCUCCCACAGUCCUCCAACUCCUACAGGCAGCGUUAUGUCCAACAUCCAAGAAUUCAGAGAGUUCCAAGGGGUCAGGCAGCAGCACAAAGAGAGCCUCGAGUGAAGACAGCGAGGGAGAGACGAGAGGCGAAGAAGCUCACUGUGCGGCUCUUGUGGCUCAGAUUAACAGAUAUUUGGACCGAAACCGCAUCAGUCAGUUCGUGCGGACAUUCCUCCUGGAGUCUAACUCAACGGGUGUGCGGUGGCAAGCUCACUCCCUGGUCCUGGCGCUGUACCGACACUCUCCUCCCAGGGACCAAGACACCCUGCUCACCCUCAUGUGGUCACUGUGGCCUCACCUUCCUGCCUAUGGUCGCAAGGCAGCACAGUUUGUAGACCUGUUGGGUUACUUCUCUCUUAAGACCCAACACUGUGAGAAGAAGGUGAUGGAGUACAUUAACCGCGCUGUAACAGUCCUGCGUACACAGUCACAGCUCCUGGCCAACCACCCUAAUGCCAACCUGUAUAACUCCCUGGCCUCUCUGGUGGAGUUUGACGGUUACUACCUGGAGUCUGAACCUUGCCUUGUGUGCAACAACCCUGAGGUCCCCUUCACUAGCGUCAAGCUCUCUACUGUAAAGGUUGAUUCUCGCUUCACCACAACAACUCAGCUGGUCAAACUAGUCGGAAGUCACAUGAUCAGCCGAUUGACCCUGAGAAUAGCCGAUCUUAAACGCACUAAAAUGGUCCGCACCCUUAAUGUCUUCUACAACAAUCGCUCGGUACAAGCUGUUGUGGAGCUGAAGAACAAGCCGGCCAUGUGGCAUCGUGCCAAGAAGGUGACCUUAUCUGCUGGACAAAUUGAGGUUAAGAUUGACUUCCCUCUCCCCAUCAUUGCCUGCAACCUUAUGUUUGAGUACACUGACUUCUAUGAGAAUCUCCAGGCAUCGACAGAGACCCUUCAGUGUCCCCGGUGUUCAGCAGCUGUUCCCGCCUCCCCUGGUGUGUGUGCCAACUGUGGGGAGAAUGUGUACCAGUGCCACAAGUGCAGGGCCAUAAACUAUGACGAAAAAGAUCCUUUCCUGUGCAACGCUUGUGGCUACUGCAAGUAUGCCAAGUUUGACUACACCCUACAGUGCCGACCUUGCUGUGCCGUCGAUCCCAUUGAGAACGAGGAUGACCGCAAGAAAGCAGUUCUCAAUAUUAACACCUUGCUUGAGAAGGCAGAUAGAUCCUACAAGCAACUUCAGGCUUAUAAACCAACCUUAGAGCUUUUACUGGUGCGCAUCAGUGAACAGGGUGCUGCCAGGAGUGGGGAUGAAGGAAGCUCAGGGGGCACUCAGGUGAACCGGGCCAUCCAACAGCUGGCUCAAAAGUACUGUGGUGACUGUAAGAACUCCUUUGAUGAUCUCUCUAAAGUUAUCCAGCGAGUGCAAGCAUCCCGCCGAGAGUUAGUCAACUUUGAUCGCUCUCAGAAGGAAGGAGGAAAGAAGCCCGUGGUGUCACCUUUAGGACGGAGUGGAAUUGUUCACGCCAACCCCGAGGAGGGAGCGGUGGCCGCCGGUCGCUGUUACGGGUGUGCGGCGUCGGCGACCGAACACUGCAUUACCCUCCUCCGUGCCCUGGCCACCAACGCCGCUCUGAGGGCAUCACUCUGUCAGCACGGACUCAUCAAUGAUCUUCUGGAAUACAAUCUUCGGAGGGGCACCGUUCAGGUACGCAGUGAAGUUCGUCAGCUGCUCUGUCUGCUGACCAAGGAUGAUCUGUCAGCGACUCAGGAACUGAAUCGCCUCAUCAUGGACAAGAUAAGCGUGGCACUGCGCUCGCAUGUGACAUCGCCCGACCUCGCGGCUGCCGUCAGACACGAGAUGGGGCUUCUUGCUUCCUCGGCCCAGAAAGAAGACUCCUGCUGGGAAUAUAGACUUAGGUGUGUCGUCCAGCUGUUCUUGAUGGCAGGAGGGUCCAACGCGUCCCCCACGGUAAUGGAACACAUUACUCUUCCUUGUCUUCGCAUCCUACAAGGGGUCAUGAGGCCCCCCACACCUCCUCCUCCACGUAAGAGUCGAGACAAGACUCCCACCAGCUCUGUAGCGGCUACGGCGGCCUCCAGUACAACGGCGACGGACUUGAUGUCGGCUUACCUUGGAGGCUCUAAGGUUGGUGUGGAUGUAAGCAAAUGGCUGGCAGGUGAUCCUGGCCACUCAUAUGAGACUUGGAAGAAAAGAUCAGCAAGAAAGGUCCAGGAAACAGCUGUCUCAAAAAUGAAGAAGGAUGAAGUUCAUGAGCGCUACCUACUGGAGAAGUUUGGGUGUCGGUGGCUGGCUCGCACCAUACGUCACCAGUAUGACCUGAAGAUGCAGGACUCGUCGUGGUUGCGCCGCGUCCUCUUCAACCCGUCGUCACGUAUGGCCAGACAGGUCACCGCCCAGAUGAUGGAGUCCCUGUGUACUUCAGUUCAGCGCAAGAAGGAGGUGUUGGAUAUGCUGACAACUUUCCUGCCAGAGAUCGGGAGAGCGGGAGAAAGUGCCGGUGAAUUUGUGACACUGUAUCAGACUCUACUGCUGGGCGCCCACUGGAAGCAUUACUUGGCCUUAAAGGGAGUCCUGCCUACUAUUGCUUGUCUCAUCACCUCAGAAAUACAGUUGCUCACCACCUUGGAGGAAACUACACUCACAACUGAUCUCAGUCAGGGUUAUGCACUGAAAGUGUUGACAGAGUUACUGUCUCAGUUCAUUGAUGUGGACGCCAUCAAGACUGUGUUCAAAGGCCGGCUGGUGGGUACCGUGCUAAGUGGUUAUCUCUCCUUAAGAAAACUGGUGGUUCAGCGCACCAAACUGAUUGAUGACACCCAGGACAAGUUCCUAGAGUUGUUAGAAGAUAUGACGUCAGGCACGGAGGCUGAGACUAAGGAGUUCAUGGCAGUGUGCGUGGAGACCCUGAAGCAGUACCCACAAGAUGAUGUCCGCACACCUGUCUUCAUCUAUGAACGGCUGUGCUCCAUCAUAUAUCCCGAGGAGAACGACGUAGGGGAGUUCUUCUUGACCUUGGAGAAAGAUCCCCAGCAGGAGGACUUCUUACAGGGCCGUAUGGUGGGUAACCCCUACAGCAGCAUGGACUCUGGGUUGGGGCCGUUGAUGAGGGACGUUAAGAACAAGAUCUGUCAAGACUGUGAGUUGGUGGCACUCCUGGAGGACGACAGUGGCAUGGAGCUCCUCGUGUGUAAUAAGAUCAUCUCCCUAGAUCUGCCGGUCAAGGAGGUUUAUAAAAAAGUUUGGCUGGCCGAAAACAGCGAGAGCGAAGCAAUGCGUGUCGUGUACCGCAUGAGAGGCCUGCUGGGAGACGCCACGGAGGAGUUUGUGGAGACCCUCGACAAGAAGAAAGAGGAGGACGUGGACAAUGAGCAAGUUUACCGCAUGGCUGGCGUCAUGUGUCAGUGUGGCGGACUAGAGGUGAUGCUGGAGUGUCUACAGAGAAUCAGUGACCUGUCCUAUGCACGGGCUCUGGUCACUGUCUUGCUGAAGCUCUUCCAGUAUUGUGUUAAGGUACGGGUGAACAGGGAGCUUCUUAUGGUGCCGUCAUUAAACGCCAUUGCCACCCUUCUACACACCCUCAAGCAGUGCCUAGCAGCUGAACCAGAGGUUGUUGCCGGUCCUCCUGGCGGGGCGUCCCUCACUGAGCAGCUGCUACAGGUGCUGGAGGCCGUGUUAGUGGAAGCUUCAUCCAUGCCUGCGGCCUCAUACACCGAGUUUGUUGAGACCUGCGGCACACUGGAAGACAUUCACCUGCUCCUGAACUACGUUGCUACGUCCUCUCGCACCAAUGCUCAGGUUCGUCAGAGGUUGAUGCGCGUGCUGCCGUUCUUGGUGUUCUGUCACAAGGAGAAGAUGGAACUGUUAGUUGGACACUUCCGCCCCGUGCUGGAGUUUGAGAAGUUUGACACCGAGCACUCGCCCGAGGACGCUGCCAAGAUGGAGUCCUUCUGUGUCUUCUGUGACGGUAUUGAGCGUAAUGAAAAUGGCAAUCAACUGAAGGAUAUGAUAAUCAGAGCUAAUAUUGUGAAGGAUGCCCUCGCAUAUAUAGAGAAUUACAUGCCAGUGAGCAAGAAGCUGGUGGUGGUGUGUAAUGAUGAGUGGAAGGAGUUCCUGGGGCGACCAUCCCUCAAGUACAUCCUCAGGCUCCUUACUGGACUGGCAACCAAGCAUAGAGGGACACAACAAGCCGUAGCGUCAACUUGUAUUCCGGCAAUUCAUCGUCUUGAACAGAUCUCCUCCGAUGAACACGUUGGGUCAGUUGCCGAAAAUCUCCUUGAGGCCUUGAGAGAUGAUCCAAGCAUAGCUGUUCAGGUACAAGAAGUGCGGCGGCAGACACGGCAAGAAAAGAAACGUUUAGCGAUGGAGACGCGCAAGAAAGAAUUAAGUCGACUAGGGCUUCGAGCUAACGAGAAGGAACAGAUCACAUCACAGUCUACAUUAUUGUCACAAAUGGGAGAAAUAACAGAAGAGUCUGGACUAGUCUGUGCAAUAUGUCUGGAAGGUUAUCGUUGUCAGCCUCAAAAAGUGUUGGCCGUGUACACCUUCAGCAAACGUUGUGUGGUGGAUGAAUUUGAGAACAAGCCUCAUAAAACUCUUGGUUACUGUACUGUAUCACACUUCAAUGUUGUACACGUUGACUGUCACCUGGCAGCAGUAAGAUCUUCCCAGUCUACCCGGUCUCGAGUUGAGUGGGAGAGCGCUGCCCUGCAUAAUGCUAACACGAGAGCAAAUGGUCUUCUCCCUCUCUGGGGUCCACAAGUACCCGAGUCUGCAUUUGCGUCGUGUCUUGCUCGUCACAACACCUACCUGCAAGAGUGUACGACUCAUAGAUUGAGGGAACCAAGUCAAGAGAGUACAGGGGACAUUAACUACUCUUCAACUCUUCAUGACCUGAAGCUUUUACUGCUGAGGUUUGCCAAUGAAAAAUCGUUCAGUGACGACACGGGAGGCGGCGGCCGUCAGUCUAAUAUGAACUUAAUUCCGUACAUACUACACAUGGCUCUGUACGUCAUCAACACGACGCGUUCGGCAAGUCGCGAGGAGAAAAAACUCUCGACGUUCCUAGAAGCUGGACGAGAGCGGUGGGUGGAGGUGUCCUACGAGGCCGAGGGAGUGUUCUACAUGGGUGUGCUGGCCCUGGCAGUUUACUCACCAUCCCAGUGGGCAACAAUCAGGGUCACUUACCUCCAGCGGCUGUUGGUUGUUGCACACGCUCGGUCAGUCUCUCCUCAUCCACCACAGGGGAACAGGGUCACAGAUAAGUCAACGAAGGACUGGGCAGUGUACAAGCAUGCUGCUAUAUUCUGGGCCCUCGUGGACGGCAUAUACAACAUGUUCUUUAAGAAGGCCAGCUCAGAGGGGGAGUGGAGUGUAACAGUGGCUGAGUUUGUCCGGCAUAAUGAUCAAGUACUGGUUGAAGCUUCUUCCAAAUUGCUUUCCACAUACCAGGAGGAACUUCUUCCCAUUUCUUCUUUCAUGGAGUUCUGUGAUGUUGUAGGUUUACUUCAUGAGAUUGAAAAUCCAGAUGAGUUCCUGACAGAACUGUUGCUGAGUUUGCCGUGAUAACUUCAAGUUUAGAAACGGAGGAUACGCUUUGUCUUCACACUAAGGAAAAGUUUACUUUUUAGUAUUAAGAAAGAUUUAUGAAGAUGUAUGUCAUGGUAAAAAUAAUAACAAAACUUAAGUUUUUGUGUGCAGGAUUUCAAUUAAAGAAUAUUAGUAAUUGUUUUCAUUGCUACUAAAUAUCACACAUGUGUUGUACUCUUACUUAUUCAAGUUUGCUGUAAGCUGAACUGUCCUUGUAGUGAUUGUUCUGCCUUUUACUUUGUCACUAUUACCAAGUUACUUGGUAUCUGUGCACCUCUCAUAUGUACAGCAAAGUAAGAAAGACUUUUAUAGGUCAGUCACCUGCAGUGUCUUAGACACUUAAAAUUUGAAAUAUUUGCAUAAACCAAAAAAUUUACAGUUCUUAAUCUAGUAAAGCAUAAAAUUAAGAUAAUUGCAACUUUUGCUUUCUGUUUUAGAGAGAAUUAAUCUUGGCAAAAAAAUGGUUAGUUGCCAACUCUCUUAGUAAGUAAAUGGAUCACAUAUUUUGAGGAGUUUUUAGAAAUCACUGUUGCUUUAUGACUGCAGCCACAGGUGAUGAGAAGAAAACUUAUCCAUGUAGUGGAUAGAAACACAUUCACAAUUAAUCUGACAUUUGACCUAAGAACAGUAGAUGCACUACAGUCCCAGUACACUACUUACAUUAUAGGUCAGUUCAGUUUAUUGAUAGAAUUUAUUCAGGCCAUUUCUCAGUUGUUAAAUGAAGUGAAUUAAAAAAGAAAUUGUCUUUCGUGUAAUCGUUUGUAACUUGCUCAUCUAAUAUUACAACGAGGCUUCCUAGAACACGAGUGUUGUGGUAUUGCGUGGCAGUGAUGACCGAGUUUUCUUAUUACUACCGUACUUGGAUCUUGGGUGAUGAACCAGACUUAUGUUUUGUUGUGUGGUGGAUGCAAGUGUUGUAGCCAGUCUUAAUUUACUAGUCCAUCAGUGAAGUUUUCCUCUGGUAUCUCUCUUACACUAGUUGUCUCUUAAAUGAUUUCCCCUUGAAAUAUAUGAUUCUUUGCUGGGUUACCACGACUAAUGGGCUAUUUAUACAUUAUUACCCGACUGUUAACUCGGCCCACAGUAAUGAAAACUAAACAUAGAGAAUUCUUGUACAUUUAUAACAAGAUACUGUCCUAUACUGGGUGUGACAUUUUAAUCUUUAUCUUAAAACAACAUAAAUAUGAAAAUCUUAAGUAAACUCUAGGUAUUUGAAUCCUUAAUGUCUUGACACUAUCAAGUUGCUUUAGCUUACCUGUGUAUUGUAUUUUAUAAGUCCAGCGCAUAAUACUGAUAGUUAACUAAAUAGUAACGAGGCUUUUGUGACAGUUGUAUCUUCACCCUUUGAGGACGAUGGUUACAAAUUAUCGUCCCGAAGGUGUUGCGCUAUCGACCUCUGGAAGUUAUAUUGAAAUUCUAAAGGGAUAUAAUUGUCGUUCUUAUGGGGUUAAACCAUCUUACUUGAGGGGUUAAACCAUCGACUUCAAGGAAUUAAAUAAUAUUGUAAAAGAAUGAGAUUACAAUAGUGUCUUGAAGGGGUUAAAUCAUCCUUGAGAUAAACCAACUUACUUGAAGGGUUAAACCAUCAGCCUCAUGGGGUUAAAUCCAAUAUUUGAAGGUUACAUUUAUAGAGGUUUGAAAUGUCUAUUAAUUAUUAGUAUCUGGUGAAUUUCUUUUAGGGAAUAUUAUUUUUAUGAUUUGGAGAAUAUUAUCAAAUAUUUAUCAAUCUGUUGAGUUAGAUUAAGUGCUCUGGCAUGUGGACUGUGUAAACCUUUUCAUUUUUAAACAAUUGAAAAAUAAUGAGAAAAAAAAAUACUUGCAAAGAUUCAUAUUGUUAUUUCUUCCGUUUUUAUUGUGUUUUAUUUUUCUGUUCAUUGUCUCUGAUGCUCCGCCUAAACCUUGUCCUGAUUUUGCAUACUCUUCAAAUAAAUAUACAAGUACACUGAACGAUA